CCAGUAUAAAGUUAGUGGCCACAGGCAAUCGGUAGCUCCCUGGGGUUCCUAACCGAAAUGGCUUUCCUGUGGACACUUGUGGCUGCUGCGUACCUCACCCUCCUUGGCACAGUCUUGGGCUGUGGAGUCCCAUCAAUUAGACCAAAUCUGAGGGACACAGAGAGAAUUGUCAAUGGACAGAAUGCAGUCUCCGGCUCAUGGCCCUGGCAGGUCUCUCUGCAGACAAGCUCUGGUGCCCAUUUCUGUGGAGGUUCCUUGAUCAAUGAGAACUGGGUCGCUACUGCUGCUCACUGUAACCUGAGCCCCAGCUUACAUGUUGUUGUUCUCGGAGAAUACGAUCGAAGCUCCAGCGCAGAGCCAGUUCAGGUGAAGAGGAUAUCCAAGGCCAUCACCCAUCCCUCCUGGGAUUCCAGAACCCUCAACAACGAUAUCACCCUGUUGAAGCUCUCCUCCCCUGUCCAGCUGAAUUCCCGUGUCUCUCCCGUCUGCCUAGCUUCAGCCACAGAGGUGCUGCCUGAAGGGCUGAAAUGUGUCACCACCGGCUGGGGACGGACUAGUAGCCUCACAAAUAAUCCAGCAGUCAAGUUGCAGCAGGUGGCUCUUCCCCUGGUGACGGUCAGCCAAUGCCAGCGACACUGGGGCAAUCGCAUCACCAGCGCCAUGGUAUGCGCUGGGGGCGCUGGCGCCUCUUCCUGCCAGGGUGAUUCUGGGGGCCCUCUUGUGUGCCUGAAAGGCUCAGUCUGGAAUCUGAUUGGGAUAGUCUCCUGGGGCACCACCAACUGCAACGUCCAGACUCCCGCUGUCUACACCCGGGUCUCCCAAUUCCGCAGCUGGAUCGAACAAGUCAUUGCGAGAAACUGAUGGUGUUCCUGUGGAGCACAAAGCAGGAAUAAAGGCUGCAAGACUGUUUAGGAAAGGUCCUGUUUAGGAAAGGUCCUGAAGAUUUGCAGGACAUCCAAACCCAGAAGAAAUGUAAAGGAAGCAGUCGAGUUUUUCACUUAGAAAUAAAUAAAAAUGAAAACUCU